AUGGGUGGUCAAACAUCACGUAUGCUGCGCGAGAUUCUUCAAGACUCCAUGUAUAUCAUUCAAGAGACAAACUACACUACAUACCAGCGUAGUCGUAUGGCCCAUAAUGAGGUCCAAGAAAAGAUCAUAAAACUCCGUCAACUUAAGCAAGAGAUGCUUCAAUCUACGGAGAAUGAUGCACACCGAUCGAACGUCUUUGAAUCGUUUCAAAAUACUGUUGGAAGACAAAAGCAGACGUUUGAUGAGCAGGUUGAAGGAUUUGUCCAGCAAUUUGAGCUACCGAAGAGUUAUCAAAGGAUUGCAGACGUCUAUCGUCAUCAGGAAACGGGUGAGGUCCAAGAGAAGACGACAGAGACCGUUAAACAUCCAGAAAAAAUGACACAUUGA